AAGGUAGAGACGUCGCACGCUGCCAGUGCAUUUAGUGUCGUCCGUUAGCCCCCGCCUCCGUUAUAGAAGUCCUGUCUAGGCUCUGCCUCCUAAGGAGGUCCGUGUAAGCUCUACUCACGUAGCACGGCAACAACGUCCGUAGAAAGGAGCCAGUCUAUUUCGGCGUUAUCAUGUCCUACAAGUCGACAGAGCACAAUGGAAGUGUGCCCGGCAACAUCCCUCACAUACUUUCCGAAAGUGGUGGCGUCGUUCCCCAGGCUCGCACCACCAUCUCUGAUCUUCCUCCCGAAACCCUCAUCGUCAUUUUCCGGCCAUGGGUACAUCGUGAUCCGGGAGAGUCCACGAUGUGCUGCUUAACACCCUGGCCCUCGCAUGAAGAUCUAAUUCCUCAGCAUCCUUUCCCGGAGUGCAUUGCCUCGGUCGCUCCUUUUUGGCGACAAGUCAUGUCAGCGGUACCUGACUAUUGGACGCACCUCGUCAUCUGGAUAGGCAGGGACCCCACUCCGCUUCCUAGGAUCCGUGAAUACCUCGCUUGGUCGCGGGGCUGUUCCCUCGAGAUCUACAUACUGCGGAGGUAUGACCCCUCUUUGAGGGACCUCACGGAGAAGGCUCAGGUGAGAGCGAUCAUGGAGGUGCUCCUACCUUCCAUUGAGCAUUGGAACACCUUGUGCAUGAGGCUGCUGCACCACGCGAAGCAGCUGAAAAGUCUCAGUCUAGAGGCUAUGAUUGACGACUUGCCAGUGGUCGAUGGCACCGAAGUACCCUUGCGUCUAGCCGCGGAGCUUGACGCCCCCAAGUUAGCAUGGCUAUCCAUGUGUGGCCCUCUGCAUCACCGAUUACAAUCGCACAACGCGGCCUUCCCACUCAUCUACCUCCUCCGUUGUCUCGAUCGCUGCGCAAGCGUUUGCAACCUCGAGCUGAACAACCUCCAUCUCGACUGCUCCAACACAAGGUCUCCCAUCUACCAUUUUGAUCCGCCAUACUAUUGGAAGGAGGUCAAUAUUAAUUUCAUCAACGUAGGCGGCGACAUGGUCGCGGAGUACGGCAGGCUCCUCGGGUAUCCCCCUGUCGAAUUCGCGAUGUAUACGCGGUGCUCGACCCCUACGCCCCCAGGUGCUGCGCUCACAGGGGCCGAAGACAUCACGCUGACAGAGAUCAACAGCCCGGCGGCGUUCGUCGGUCUCCUCGCUGCUGAUCCGGGCGACAUCCGACUCCGCCACGCAAAGUUCUACGACUGCGACGGUCUGACACCGGGCGUGCUCCGCAAGCUCGUGGGGACUCCUCCCGACCCCGAGGCAGAUCCGCCACCUGAAGACGACGGCAACGCUGACCUCUGGCUGUGCCCGAACCUUCAGAGCCUCGGGAUCAGGGGCUGUACGCGGUUCAAGAGCGCGGACCUGCGCGCGAUGCUGGAGGCGCGGUGCGCGGCGCACGAAGCGACGGAUUUCGCGCAGUAUGGUAAACCGGGGUUCGUGCUCGCGCCCGAAGACAAGGAGUGGUUUGACGCCAAUCUGCUCCGCGUUGACUGGGAUGGUUGGUGUGGAGGAUAUGCGUUCACCAAUCCACCUUUCUAGAUGUCUAUUGCAGUGUGAUGUCAACGCCGCGAAGUGCAAUUGAGUAGUACUUAUGUAGUUCGUCAAUGGCAGGAUCUGUCUACCGUUGACGUUGAGCUCUAGUACUGGCAAGGGAUGAGUAUGAGUACGAAUAUAGGUGAGUAGACGCGUACG